CAAGCUCUGGUCUAGGUGUGGCUCUCUGGAGGCUGCCUCUCAGAACCUCUUAAUAGCAGCAGUUUUUCUCUCAGGUCCUUCUAGAGGAGCAGUCGACAUGGGCAAGUACACCAUCUGCGUGGUCACUGGAGACUCGCUUUUGGCCAGCUCCAGCAACCUGGUACAGCUGUGGCUGAAGACAGUGCUGGAGACCGAAGUCCCCUUGCAUCUAGGGCGCCUCCUCAUGGUGAGGCUGUGUAAACACAAAGGCCUAUUGGAUGAUGACUGGUUCUGCAAGUGGAUCACUGUGCAGGGCCCUGGGACCCAGGGAGAGGCCCUUUUCCCCUGCUACAGUUGGGUGCAGUGCAACGAGACCAUCAGCCUACCCGAGGGCACAGCGCUGAAGAUAAGGGAUGACACGCAGAGCCUCUUUAAGGAGUAUCGUGAGCAGGAGAUUGAGCACAGGAGGAGGGUGUACCGGUGGGGCUCCUGGAAGGAGGGGCUAAUCCUGCCUAUAGCAGGGAGGACACAGUGGGACCUCCCCAGGAACCAGAGAUUCAUGGAAGAUAAGGAUUUAGAUUUUGCCCUCUCGCUGGCCAAAGUGUUGAAGGAGUUUGCCAUUAAGGGGACUCUAGAUUUUGUAAGUCAUGUACGAAAACUGGAAGAUUACAAAAAAGUAUUCCCAUGUGGAAAGACUGCCCUGGCAGGACGGGUCCGUGAAUCCUGGAAGGAAGAUGCCCUCUUUGGGUACCAGUUCCUCAACGGUGCAAACCCAAUGCUCCUGAGGCGUUCUAAGAGCCUUCCAGCCAGGCUGGUCCUGCCUCCAGGGAUGGAAGACUUGCAGACCCAGCUGGAGAAGGAGCUGGAGGCCGGAUCUCUGUUUGAGGCCGAUUUCUCACUGCUGGACGGGGUCAAGCCUAACAUCAUCAUUUUUAAGCAGCAAUAUGUGACGGCCCCAUUGGUCAUGCUGAAACUACAGCCGGAUGGAAGACUCCUGCCUAUGGUCAUUCAGCUCCAGCCACCCCGACACGGAUGUCCCCCGCCUCUGCUCUUCCUGCCCUCAGAUCCUCCCAUGGCCUGGCUCCUGGCCAAGACCUGGGUCCGAAGCUCUGAUUUCCAACUGCAUCAGUUACAGUCGCAUCUGCUAAGGGGGCAUCUAAUGGCUGAGGUCAUCGCUGUGGCCACACUGAGAAGCUUACCCAGCCUGCACCCUAUAUACAAGCUCCUUGUCCCCCAUUUUCGCUACACUAUGGAGAUCAACAUCCUGGCCAGGAACAAUCUUGUCUCUGAAUGGGGGAUUUUUGAUCUGAUUGUGAGCACAGGGAGUGGAGGCCACGUGGACAUCCUGCAGAGAGCCACAGCUGGCUUGACAUACCGCUCCUUCUGCCCCCCGGAUGACCUGGCUGACCGUGGUCUCUUGGAUGUGAAGGCUUCUCUGUAUGCCCAGGAUGCCCUCAGGCUGUGGGGGAUCAUCCUUCGGUAUGUGGAAAGGAUGGUCGAGCUUUUCUACAAGAGCGACACGGAUGUGCAGAGCGACCCAGAGCUGCAGACCUGGUGCAGAGAGGUCACCGAGAUCGGACUGCUCGGGGCCCAGGACCGGGGGUUCCCCGUGUCCUUGGCGUCCCGGGCUCAGCUGUGCCGUUUUGUGGCCAUGUGCAUCUUCACGUGCACGGGUCAGCAUGCUUCUACCCAUUUGGGUCAGCUGGAUUGGUAUGCCUGGAUCCCAAACGGGCCAUGCACCAUGAGGAAGCCGCCACCCACCUCCAAGGAUGUGACAGAGAGGGACAUAAUAGACUCAUUGCCUUGUCUCCAGCAGGCACGGAUGCAAAUGAAGAUCACCAAAUUCCUUGGCAGACGCCAGCCUGUCAUGGUCAGACGCGCAGACCCUGGGCCGUGGCCUGAGAGUGGGGAAGGCAGCUUGCCUAAGGGGCAGCAUUCUUGCCUGAGAGACCCAAAGGCCUGAGCCAUUUUGUCUCCUUUCUCUCAGGUGGCCCUGGGGCAGCAUAAGGAGGAGUAUUUCUCAGGCCCCAAGCCCCGCGAUGUGCUCAAGCGGUUCCAGGAAGAGCUGGCGGUCAUGGACAAGGAGGUCGAGGCCCGCAACGCAGGCCUGGACCUGCCUUAUGAGUACCUGCGGCCCAGUGUGGUGGAAAACAGUGUGACCAUCUGAGAGGCCUGUCUCAGCCCCUGAGGAGGCCACCGUCUCUGUCUGUCUUCGUGGCUUUGUCCUCCUUGGCCACAUCCUCUGCUGAACAGACAACUCCCCACCAC